UGUUCAUCAGUGUAUUUGAAAAUUCAAACUUUGUUCUAGAAAAAUUGACCAAUGAAACUAUAUUAUCUAAGUAAUAUUUACAGGCAAAAAAAGAAAAAGUGGUUGUCGGGCGGGGAACUACCCAGGUGACAUUGAUGGGCCGUCAAGAACCGGCCUGUUAUCCUUCCACCGACAGGAGUGGGAGGUUACGCUGCUCUGUGAAUCCAGCCUCACGCGGUGCCCUCCAAUCUCUAGGGGCAGUGGACACCAAGCCUUCGCCCGAAGCCCAAGGCCCGACUCCCUACUUGGAAACGGACAGGCCAGACAGACUUCUUGAGAGGACCCUACCAUCCGGGCCGAACCAGCCUCCAACCACAUUAUUGCCUCCGUUUGGAUUACAAGCUCACACUACCGAGCUCGGCGUUUGUAAGGAGUUGGCAUGCCAUUUAUAAAGAAGAUGCAGAGUUGUCAUUUUAUCGAUGUGGUACAACAUUUCAAUCAAAUUCUGUUUCAAAAACUUAAAUACUCUUUUCAUAUUUCAUAUUUAUAUGAAUAUGAUAUGUUGAAGAAUAUUACCUUUUUUAUUUUCUUCUGGUUUCCCACGGUCCAAGCAGGAAAAGAAAAAACCAGAACGAUUCAUUGCCCAUUACCCGAAAUUGUAGGACUCGACGUGCAAUCAGCCAUGGAUGAACAAAAAUCAACCGCCCACUAUAUUCAAACUCCUCUCAACUCCCAUUUACGCCACUAUAAAUCUCUCCCCCCCAAUCAACCUUCACUUCCAUUAUCCAGUUCAAUUCCUUCUGUAAAAAACUACAAUUAUUAUCAAUGCCGUCCAACUCCUUCUUCACACUUUUCCUUCUCACUACCUCCUUCUCCGCCGUCGCUUCUUUUGAGUUCCAAGUCGGUGGCGUCAAAGGCUGGGUAGUUCCGCCGGCUAACGACAGCAAAAUCUACAACGAUUGGGCCUCAGAAAACAGAUUCAAAGCCGGUGACACCGUCCGUUUCAGGUACAAGAAGGACUCGGUGAUGGAAGUGACAGAAGAAGAGUAUAAAAGAUGCAAUUCCACACAACCAAAUUUCUUCUCCAACACCGGCAACACCGUCUUCCAAUUCAGCCGAUCAGGAACUUUCUACUUCAUCAGCGGCGCUAAUGGCCACGGCGAAAGAGGGCAGAGGAUGAUCGUGAAGGUCAUGGCCGAUGAUAAAUCUGCUUCUUCCUCCGAUUCUAACAAAUCCUCUGCUUUGAGCGCUCCAACUUCGUCUCUGUUCCGUUGGCUCUGUCCAUUCUGUUCUAGUCUGGGAUUUGAAGAUAUUUUCCAUAAUCUUUUUUUUUUUUUUUGAAUAUCAGGUUUCAAAAAUUAUUCAAAAAUAUCCAUAU